AUGCACUUCCUAUUGGGUGAAGAUGAUAUCGUGGAGCUCUUAUGGAAGAGCGGCCAUCUUGUUCGAAGCAGCCAAACACCUCCUGUUCCUCCUCCCAUUCUCAGAGGCAGCGGAAGUGGCGGCGGUGGAGAAGAAAAUGCUCCUCUUCCGCAUCCUCCUCCUCCUCUCCACACUCACCAGCCACCAUCUGAUCAGAAUCUUUUCAUCAGAGAAGACGAAAUGGCUUCUUGGCUUCACCAUCCUCCUCCUCCUCUCGGGGAAGUGGAUGAGUUUGGCUCCCAUCUUUUCUACUCACUCCCAUCUACUCAGCCUCAGGGAGGCUCCGUCUCUCUUAUACCUCCUCCACCACAACCACAACCAGCUAGUGUUAUGUACACUCCUGAGAGACCGGUGAGUCAGGUCAUCUCCGGUUCAAGAAGGGCAGAGAACUUCACAAACUUCUCGAGGCUAAGAGGAAACAUAUUUACCGGAGGUAGAGUCGAAGCUGCAGGACCAGCUGCACCUUGGCUGGUUCCGGUGGUUAAAGACUCCACGCAGGUGGGAUCAAGCGCGACUCCGACUUCUUCAGCACCUGAGUCAUGUCUUACACCAGCGACUGUCACUAGCGGAGUCUUGCAGACUUUUGCGGUUCCAAGAGCGAUUGAGACGGUUUGCGCCGGACCAUCUUCUUCUGGUGUCUCAAAGACCGAAACAGAGCUGCUUCAGAUUGAACCAGUGUCGGAGACGGAAGCUGCUGAUGAGAGGAAGAGAAAAGAGAGGGAAGAACUUGCUGCUGAUGAAACCGAGGAAACUGGUGAAGAAGCUCGUGGUUCAACAUCUAGGAAGAGGUCACGAGCUUCAGAAAUGCAUAACAUCUCCGAGAGGAGAAGGAGAGAAAAGAUCAACGAGAAGAUGAAGGCUCUCCAAGAACUCAUUCCUCGCUGCAACAAGACCGAUAAAGCUUCAAUGCUGGAAGAUGCUAUCGAGUAUGUGAAGUCCCUACAGAUGCAAAUACAGAUGAUGUCUGCAGGAGGCGGCGGUAUGAUGCCGAUGAUGUUUGCACCAAAUAUGCAACGUUUCAUGCCCCCCUCAGCAAUGGGAAUGAUGGGCAUUAACAGGCCUCCAUUUAUACCUUUCCCCGGCGCAACUUUUCCUAGGCAAGCUCAUAUGGCAGGUCUAGGUUCACCGUUUCCAGCACCAAGAUAUCCUUUUCCAAACCUUCAAGGCUUUGACCCGUCCAGAGUCCAUUUACCAAGCCAGCAACCUGAUCCCGUGUCGAACCAGCCUCAAUUUCCAGGUUACAUGAAUCCUUAUAGCCAGUUUGUUGGUCUCCAACAAAUGCAACAACCUCCUCCUCCUCCUCCUCCUCCUACAUUGCAGAAUCAAACAACAUCACAGCUGAGUUUCAGCCAGGCAAGUAGUAGUAAGGAACCUGAAGAUCAGCAGGAGCCCAAACCAACAGGUUAA